CAGUCCCGGCGACCGGCGUAUGCGUUUAAAAAACUUUGUUAAUUGUUUACACGUUUGACUUUGGCUCCUUAGUUUGGAUUUAUUUGCCGGCUUAUCGAUUGGAAAUCGACAUCAUGGAUCUUUGUGUGAACUGUGGCAUAGAAAAGAAAAAGGAAAAAGCAACAACUAGUUGUAAUACCACAGGCAGACGAGUCUUGAAUGACGAAAUGAUUCUCUUAGUGAUUCGUCGAUGGCGUACACCGCAGCCUGUAAACAACAGUAUUUGCUAAGCUUGCUGGAACAAACAUCAGCUAUUGAUCAACCAAGACAAUUUGGCCACCGUAAUGUUUGCCUCCGCUGUGGUCGCUCUGUUGCAUCACAAGUCACUCGUCUGCUUCAUACAGGCUCAUCUUGUGAACUGAGAAUUUAUAAUGCCAUAGAAGAAUGUAUUAUGCCUCAAACUAUAAAACAAGGAAACCACAUCUGCCAUAAUUGUUGGGUGGCUGCAGACAGGGCUGCUGUCCAUAUAGUCUCAGGCCCAUCAACUUCUUCCCGAGUUCUAACUGAGCCUUCUGCUAGCCAGCCUGGAGAAGAUAGAAACAACCAACCAGAACCUACUAUUGUAUUACCAGGAUAUAUGAGAGCUGUUCCUCUUUUUAAAGUAUUAUGUUCCUGAGAAUAAUCGUCUAUGUGAUAUUCAUUUAGUUAUUGAAGGCUGGGAUGUAAUGAUAAUUUAAAUGUUUUUCCCCAGCUAACCCACAGUGAACUAAUUCUCAUACCAUUAGGUAUUUAUCAAAUUGUUUCAAAAAUGUUGUUUGCUUUGUUAAAAAGCAGGCACGUUCAUAUUAUGGAGAGAAUGUAAGGGGUAACGAUGGUUAUUUAAUAGAAGUGUGCAGGGAGGUCAGCAGUAGCCUACUUCGAGAGCUGUCGGCUUCAAAUAGCUCAUGGCUACUUCGGGGAUGCAUACAGUCUAGACAUAUUAGUCGAAAAACUUAUUUUGUUUAUGUUUUUGUUGACAGCUCUUGCAGAGGUAGAGAAGCAAUAUUGAAUGAUUAUUUCAAUUGCAUUGUAGGCAAAAGGGCUUUAGGCUUCUGCGCACAUGUUAUGUCAAUAAUAUGGUACCUUAGUCGGGCUACGUACCAAGAAAAUAUAGUACCCCCUGCACAAUUCUUAGAUGAUAUAUUAAUUAUAAUUGAAAAUGAAUAAAAAUCAACUAAAUAAAGUGUUUUAUUUUAUCACUCUUUACCCUUGAGCCUUACUUACCUUACCCUCAUUAUUCGGCUCACUGCUGAGCUCGAGUCUACUCUCAGAAUGAGAGGGGUUAGGCCAAUAGUCCAUCAUGCUGGCCCAAAGCGUAUUGGCAGACUUCACACACACAGAGAAUUAAGAAAACUCUCUGGAAUACAGGUUUCCUCAUGGUGUUUUUCUUUCACCGUUAAGACCUUACCCUACUUACCAUGAUCUCAUCAGUCAUUUGAAUUCUAUCUUAUCAUUCAUCCAAUUCGAAAAGUAAAUUAACAAUGGUCUAAGUUUAAUAAUAAAAUCAAACACUUGAAAAAUUAGCUAUUCAUUAUGUAGGUAAUAUCUAUCAGCUGUUAUCUUAAAUAACCUCACUUUUACUAAAUCUCGUAUAUCUCUAAUUCCAGAUUGUCAAAUUCUAUAAUAUUUUCAGUGAAAGUUUAAUAAUAUCUAAGCUAUUCAUUGACACUUAUUUCAUCCUUUUACAUUCGUGGCCCAAAUUGUAUGAAAGAGUUUCAAUCUCCUUUCUCAACUUCAAUA